UACAUUUUUGAAUCAUUUCGCAGCUUGGACCGUAUAUUUCAGUGUAUUUCGAUAUUUUGUUAUUGUGUACCUACUAAAUAAUUUGUGUAAGACUUAUUUGUACAAGGAAUACAAACACUUUAUUGUGUGGCAUCAUUUUCUUUGUGAUCAUGGUCAAGCUUUGACCUCUGUAUUUUGAUUCAGUACAAAGACAUCUGGGACACAUCAACAUGUAUCAGAAACAAACUUUCGGCAACACCAGCACAGGAUUUGGGUCCUUCAAUGCUGGGGCCAGUACAUCCUCAUCGUUUAGCGGGUUCAAGCCAACCACUGGCACUAGUGCAUUUGGUGCACCACCCACAUUUGGUGCUGCGUCCACCUCACAGCCCACUACUGGGGGAGGGCUAUUCGGUUCGUCAAACACUAGCGGGGGUUUGUUCGGGAGCACCGCAACUCCCGCGCAGGCGCCGGCAUUCGGCGCGACUAGCGGCUUCGGCGGCUUCGGCUCCACCAACACCGGCGGCGGGCUGUUCGGCAACAACCAGUCCACAGGGCUGUUCGGCGCCAAUCAGAACACUUCGGCUUUCGGCGCUAAACCUGCUGGUUUCGGCUUCGGCAGUACGGCUACAACGGGCACGACAGGCGGGCUGUUCGGCUCCCAGCCCUCCACCAGCACCGGCAUGUUCGGCCAGCAGAACACCUCCAUUGGUGGGGGACUGUUCUCCGGGAGUACUGGUGCUUUCGGGCAGCAGACCGCUGCGGGUACGGCGCACGUCAAGUACUCGCCGGUGGUGGGCACCGACGUCGUGAUGAAGGCCGGCACCUCGCAGAACGUCAACAUUAAACACCACUGCAUCACUUGUAUGAAGGAAUACGAAGGCAAAUCACUGGAGGAGCUGCGGUUGGAGGACUACACCGCGGGGCGCAAGGGCGCGGCGGCGGGCGGCAUGUUCGGCGGCUUCCAGCAGCAGCAGGAGGCUAAACCGCUGUUCGGUGCUACACCGGCUUUUGGGCAGCCGGCCACCACCAGCGCUCCGAGUCUGUUCGGCGGCGGCAGUAUGGGUAACACGAGCGGCUUCGGCCAGACAAACACAUUUUCGUUCGGCGGCGCGGCUCAGACCAACACCAACACAACGGGCGGUCUGUUCGGCAACAAGCCCGCAUUCGGUGCCGCGGCUCCUACUGGUACGGGGCUGUUCGCGAACACGGCGACGACGCAGGCGCCGGCGUUCGGCACCACCAACACCUUCGGCUUCGGCGCCAACACACAGCAGCAGCAGUCUGGCGGACUGUUCGGCGCCAAGCCGGCGACGACGGGCUUCGGCGCGCCGGCGACCUCGGGCUUCGGCAGCUUUCAGGGCGGAGGCCUGUUCGGCAUGAAGUCCACCGCCGCCCCCACAUUCGGCGCCGCUGCCCCGGCGUUCGGAACGACGGCGGGCGCGUUCGGCACGAACACGUCGACUAGCGGUGGGCUGUUCGGCAACAACACGUUCGGCAAGCCCGCCACCACACAACCAACAUUUGGUUUUGGCAACACGCAGCCCACACUCGGCACAGGUCUAGGCAUGGGGCUGAACAACUCGUUCCAGGCGAAGCCCGCGGCGCCCGCGUUCGGUAACCUCGGCACCGGCACCUCGAUGUUCCAGCAACCCGCGCAGAACACAUUCAAAACUGGUUUGGACAGUGGGUUGGGAGGGGGAGGUAUGUUCGGUAACACAUCGACACUCGGAGGAAACACGUUCGGUCUUGGAAUGAAUAACACAAACACAAGCAUGUUAGGGGGCGGUGUGGGUGCGUCAGCGGGCGGCAACGUGCACGAACAGAUCCUCACGCUGGCGGCGCGCCCGUACGGCGACUCGCCGCUAUUCAAGGACCUGCUGCCGGAUAGCUCGGCGAACGCAGACGAAGCCCUAAAGCCGACGAACCCGGCGGCGGUGCGCGCGGUGUUGGACAGCUCCGCCUACCGCCUGUCGCCCGCCUCCCCGCGCGUGCACGUCACGCCACGCGCCGCACUCACUGACAGGAAAUCCCUAUUCGACGGUCUAGAGGAGUCGGACGCGAGUCUAGAGGACAAGUUGAGCCUCAAGCCGAGCCGCAAGCGGUUGGUGCUGCGGCCGAAGAACAGCAACGAUGAUGUUAAUGACUCCGUCGACCAGACUGAUAACAGAUCGUUGGAAGAGCCAAGUCGACCGAAUACAGAUAACGCACCGGUACCGCGCGAGCAGCCUGCUGUACGCCGUAUAGAGGAGUUUGUCACAUCUACAGAGAGAAAGAGUUUAGAGGAGAACAAUAAUCAUAAUGUAGAGACCAAUGGAGAUAAAAAUGGAAGUUGGCUGGGCUCGGGUAAAUUGCCAUGGAACGACAAGGAGAAAUCUUUAGACAAUGACACACCUAGAUUAUAUCCAAGUUUAGAAAGAGAAAUGCGGGGAGAGUGCGAGCAGACAUCGGAAAGGAGAGCCAGUUGGUUAACAACGAAACCGCUUCGGAAACCACUGUCGUCCAACCCGGAGUUGGCGGAGAACUCCGUACGCGAGCUCGGCGUCCGCGCGGACCGCUCAUCCGUAGAUAAAGAGAACAAUGAUAGUCUGUCAGUAUCUGAGGAUGAGCACGUGCCGUGCCGCGACGCGCCGCCGCACCCCGCCGGCGUGAAGCUCACGCGCCCCGGCUACUACACCAUACCAUCGCUAGAUGAGAUGAUCACGUACAUGCGUGCGGACGGGACGUGCGUGGUGCCGCACCUGACCGUCGGCCGCCGCAACUACGGCAACGUGUUCUACGACUGCGAGAUCGACGUCGCUAACAUGGAUCUAGACGCGUUGGUGCAUUUCCUAAACAAGGAGGUGAUAGUGUACCCUGAAGACUCAGACAAGCCUCCAGUGGGUUCCGGGCUGAAUCGACGUGCGGUGGUCACACUCGACCGUGUUUGGCCGCGCGACAAGACUCUACGACGACCCAUCACAGAUCCUGACAGGCUGUUGAAAAUGGACUACGAGGGUAAACUGCGGCGCGUGUGCGACAAGUACGACACCAAGUUCAUAGAGUACAGACCGCAGACUGGCAGCUGGGUGUUCAGGGUGGAACACUUCAGCAAGUACGGUCUAACGGACUCCGACGAGGAGGACGAGCCCGCACCCGACGUGCUCAAGCGGCAGCUCGCCGACCAGCAGUUGCAGCAGUCUGCUGCUCCAGCAAAACCUCAGCCCAUGGCUGGCCUCGGUGGACUAGGCAGUCCUGGACUCGCCGUUGGGCUACUAUCAGGCCAGGGACUCGCGGGGCCGCCUAUAUCCAGCCCCGGCCUGAUGGGCCCUGGCUUAGCUGGCUUGUCCGGAGUUGGCCUGAUGGGCUCUGGCCUAGCUGGAUCUGGCCUUAGCGGACCUGGCCUCAGUGGCCUGGGCUUCAACUCGAGCGGCGGCCUGCUGUCCUCAGAGGAUUUAUAUGCUAUGCAGCAGACCUCACUCAACUUACUCAAUGGAAGUUCUAAGGCUUUCGACAUGGACGUGACAGAAGAUCAGACAGAAGCGCCGAGCCUAUAUUCGGACAACAGAGCGUAUGGUGUGAAGAGUCCGACCAGCGAGCUGGCGAGGCUGGAGCACCGACACAGCCACGACGUCCAGCUCAUGAAGGCCUCGUUGUACGCCGAUACAGAAAUGGAGGACGACGUGUCGAUAUCGACGGGCGACCAGCAAGUACCUCAGACGGCGGUGACGAGCCUGCUGUCGCUGCCGCCGCCGCGGGAGGCCGUCAGCGUCGUGGAGACCAUGCAUGAGGACGCGCCGCAGGUGACUGAAGAAGUAAUAAUGAGGCCGCUGGUGGUACACCCGCACACCGUCGUACUCAAAUAUCACAAGAAGGUGCCGCCCUUCAAGGAAACUAUCGCAGGUCGCCUGGGAGCGGCGCACAUAGCGGACAUGGGCGUGUGCCGCGCGCGCCACACCCGCGUCGGGUUCGGCCCCGCGUCCACGCUCGUAUACCCCACCUCCUUCGACUCCGUCAGCCAGCUACCCACCAGUGCGGCGCUGAGCGCACUGGGUCAUUACGUGCGCGGUCGCGGCGCGGACGACUGGAGCGAGCCGGUGCUGGCGCGGCUGGCGAUCGCGCGGCCGAGCUCGCAGCACGCACAGGACACCCUAGCGCGUCAACUCGAGUGCCUUCUCGAGUACUCUGAGAUCAAAUCCACUGAGCUCCAGAGCGGGGAGAUCUGCCCGCAACUGGUGGUGAAGGAGUCGGCCAAAGACCGCCUAGGGCUGCUGCGGGCGCUGCUGGGCGUGGCUGCUAAAGCCACGGAGUACACGCCAGACUUUGGCGUUUCGUCGGCGUACUGUCUGCAAGUGUGGAAACUAUGUGACGCACUGUGGGGAGCAGAUUUGGAAAAUGAUGGCGUGCCAGGCACGGACGACCAGUCAAUAGUGCAUCGGCACGAGCGGCUGCUGCGCUGGAUGCGGGAGUGCGUCGCCGAAGUCACUGAUAAGGAGUUAGCGGAGACCAACAGACCUGAGCCGGAGGACGAGUCGGACAGUCACAGCUCUAAGGUGUGGAGUCUGCUAAUCGGCGGUCGGGUGCUGGAGGCGUGUAAGCUGGCGCGCGAGAAGGGAGAUCUCAACAUGGCGGUGCUACUGGCACAGGCUACUGGCGAUCCCGGUUUCCAAUCGCUCCUGUCGCGUCAGUUCCGCGUGUGGCGGGACAGCGGCGCGGCGGCGCACGUGUGUGCGGCGCGGCUGGCGUGCCUGCAGCUCGCCGUGGCCGAGCGCCCGCCCGCACUUGCGCCGCUGGAUUGGCCGCGCGCGCUGCACGCAACCGCCAGAUACCUGUGCCCGCAAGUGCCGUCCCUGGAGCAGGUGGUUCGGACGUACGAAGGCUACUUCGCGGACGGUGAUGAGGAGGUGGACCUGGCCGCGCUGCCGGAGCAGGAGAUGGGCAUGCAGUUCCCCCUGCCGCCGUAUGCCAAACAGUUCGUAACGGAGACUGAUGACGGCGCAAAGAGGCGCGUGCUCGACCUCCGGUACUCGCUAAUACGUGCGCGCGCGCUGCACGCCCGCCCGCGCGUGCGACCCGCUGCGUACACGCCAGACCCCACCGAUUACAGCUUAAGUUUCCUGCUGGAGGCGUGGUUCGGCACGGCGAGCGCGCAUGCGGUGGUCGGCGCGGCGCAGCAGCUGGAGGCGCAGGGCGACUGGCACCGCGCCGCGCAGGCGCUCGCCUACCACCCCGAUACUGCGGCUCGCUGCUACCUAAUCCGCGAGGUGCUAUCCCGCCAUGCGCCGGCGCGGGCGGAGUCGCCGGAGCUGCGGGCGCGGCUCGAGCUGGUGCGGCGGCUGCGCGUGCCGGAGAAGUGGCUGCUACUGGCGCAGGCGCACCGCGCCAAGUAUGAGCACCAACAAACGCUAGAAGUGCAGUAUCUGGUGGGUGCGGAGCAGUGGAACGCGGCGCACCGCGUGCUCAUCGAGGACUUGUUACCAGAGGCCGUGUUGUCGGACAAUCUUCAAAGCCUCAAGGACAUACUGGAGAAGAUGCACGCGGCGUCUGAGCGGCACGAGGUGAGCGGAUGGGAGUGCGGCGGGAAGGCGCUCUACCACUACUUGCGUGUUUGCGAUGAGAUCCGCUCGCUAGUGGUAGACGCGGACGAGGGCGGCGAGCGGGCGGACGUGCCGCGGCGGCUGGAGGCGCUGCGGCCCGAGCUCACAGCCGCAUGCCACGCCCUGAGACGACUAAAAGUCACGGGCGUUCGCGGUCUGGCGGCGCGGGCGGAGAUGGGCACGCGGCUGGUGCAGUUGGCGCUGGCGGGCGGCGAGAGCGCGCGCCGGCUGCCCGCGCUGCUGCAAGCGCUGCGCCUGCCGCCGGACUGCGCCGCGCGCGCGCUGCACCAGAUAACAUCGGACCUGGCUGAGCAGGCGUCUGAGCUGUGUGUCGACUCCACCCCCUCCUCACCGACCUCACACAUGGUGGAGAGCUAACUAGUAUAAGUCAUUAUAUUUUUAUACUAUGUAUGAGAUUCAUAUGCUGUAAGAUGUUGCGUUCUUUGGGCCCAUUUUGUAGCAUUUUGGUAGUAUCUCCUUUGCGUAGCCUCUGUGUGUAUUUAAAUCGCUAGUUUAGACGCAAAAAUUAAAUUUCUUGCGUUCAAACUUUGGUGAAAAAUGAUACGCGCCAAGGCUACAUAGCAAAGCUACGAUGCCACAAAUGUGGACCCAGCUAUACGCCACAGCAAUUUUAUCCUUCACUUUUACGUUAUAUACGUGCAACUUUCGCAACAGAGUUAUUAGCUAUGUCCACACUAUGCGCUUUCGUCUUCAAUUUUCGUCAUCU